CGAUGUAACACCGAAAUCAGAUUAUUGUACACUUCCGGUUUGGCUUCCUGGAGCAGCACGGAUCGAAAACAACACCGGUGUAAAGCAUCGACUUAAGGCAAAAAGACAUGGAAGUGACAGCAGAGGAGGAGCGUCAGGUGGAGGAGCAGGUGGAGCGUCUGCUGAGCGGCCAGGGGUCAGAGGUCAGCCUCUGUGACGUUGGCCUGGAGUUGAGCAAGCCAGCGACUCUGAGGAAGAACGUCACCUACAUCGUCUGCGCCGUGGUCUUGAACGAGAAGGAGGAGGUGCUGAUGGUGCAGGAGGCGAAGCAGGACUGUUACAAGCAGUGGUACCUCCCUGCAGGGAGGGUGGAGGUGGGGGAGAGCCUGGAGGAGGCGCUGAGGAGGGAGGUGAAGGAGGAGGCGGGGUUUGACUGUGAGCCAAUCACGUUGCUGCUGGUCCAAGAGCAGGGACCACAGUGGAUCCGCUUCAUCUUCCUGACCAGGAUCACAGGAGGAAGCCUGAAGACUCCCUCAGCAGCAGAUCAGGAGUCUCUUCAGGCGUCCUGGUGGGACAGACAGUCUUCCCUCCCUCUCCGAGGACGAGACAUCCUCCGUCUCAUCGAAUACGGACUCAAGUAUCACAGGAGUCCGUGGCACGCUGUCACGCUGCCUCUGGACCUGAGCGGUCGUCAUGUGGUGCAGAGACUCGUCUUGGUCUUUGUCGGAGCGGAGCAGCAGGUCUGGGUCCUUCUGGUCCGAGUGCCAGCGCCCCACCUCCCCUCUGCAGCAGCGCUGAGGACCCACGCGGUGACCUGGGCUGCCAACAUGGUGGUGCAGGAGGCCAUGCCGUCAUCCUACUACGACCACGAGGUCAGCACGCUGGGUGUGUUCAGUCUUCAGCACAACGGUAGGCAGCACGGCAGGACAGACGGCGUGCUCUUCAACACGCUUGUCACCAUGGUUCCGGAUCGCGUGCAGCGGGACGAGGACGGGCGGACGGUGGACUGGCCCGCUGCGGGGACGCCGCCUCCUGUGGAGAACCCUCGGUACAUCUGGGUCAAAGUUCAGAAAAAAGCCCUGAGAGAGAAACUGAUGGAAAUGACCAAAAACACAUCGUUGCUCCCGAUCCACAGCCUGUACUGAUCUGAGCUUCGUGCAUGUGCACACAGGAAGUGACUAUAACUGGACUUUUAUUAUGAAAGGAACCAAAAACCGUUUAUUCUGUUGCUUUGUUUUCAUGGAGCUGCACCAGAAAAACUCACAAAUGUCAGAGCUGCUGUUUGUGUUCACAGAGGAGGCUCCAGGACCAGGAGGUCCAGGACCAGGAGGUCCAGGGGCCUGGAGGCAAGGGUGCUGGAGGUGCUGGAGGUCCAGAAUCCUACAUGAAUUAUUGAAACAGUUUCAACAUUUUUACAAUCUAUGUUAAGUUGUUUUACGCUAAAACGUUAAAGGUUUAGCAGCAGGAGGUCGUCAGUCACAUGUUUGGUUUAAGUAUAAAUUUGUGUCAGAACUCCUGAUCCAGUCCAGAACUCCUGAUCCGGGCGAGAACUCCUGAUCCAGUCUAGAACUCCUGAUCCAGUCUAGAACUCCUGAUCCAGUCCAGAACUCCUGAUCCAGUCUAGAACUCCUGAUCCGGGCCAGAACUCCUGAUCCAGUCUAGAACUCCUGAUCCGGGCCAGAACUCCUGAUCCAGUCUAGAAGUCCUGAUCCAGUCUAGUACUCCUGAUCCAGUCCAGAACUCCUGAUUCAGUCUAGAACUCCUGAUCCGGGCCAGAACUCCUGAUCCAGUCUAGAAGUCCUGAUCCAGUCUAGUACUCCUGAUCCAGUCCAGAACUCCUGAUCCAGUCUAGAACUCCUGAUCCAGGCCAGAACUCCUGAUCCAGUCUAGAACUCCUGAUCCGGGCCAGAACUCCUGAUCCAGUCUAGAAGUCCUGAUCCAGGCCAGAACUCCUGUUCCAGUCUAGAAGUCCUGAUCCAGUCUAGAGCUCCUGAUCCAGUCCAGAACUCCUGAUCCAGUCUAGAACUCCUGAUCUGUGUCAGAACUCCUGAUCCGUGUCAGAACUCCUGAUCCAGUCUAGAACUCCUGAUCCGGGCCAGAACUCCUGAUCCAGUCUAGAAGUCCUGAUCCAGGCCAGAACUUCUGUUCCAGUCUAGAAGUCCUGAUCCAGUCUAGAGCUCCUGAUCCAGUCCAGAACUCCUGAUCCAGUCUAGAACUCCUGAUCUGUGUCAGAACUCCUGAUCCGUGUCAGAACUCCUGAUCCAGUCCAGAACUCCUGAUCCAGUCUAGAACUCCUGAUCUGGGCCAGAACUCCUGAUCUAGUCUAGAAGUCCUGAUCCAGUCUAGAGCUCCUGAUCCAGUCCAGAACUCCUGAUCCAGUCCAGAAUUCCUGAUCCAGUCUAGAACUCCUGAUCCAUGUCAGAACUCCUGAUCCAGUCCAGAACUCCUGAUCCAGUCUAGAACUCCUGAUCCAUGUCAGAACUCCUGAUCCAGUCUAGAACUCCUGAUCUGGGCCAGAACUCCUGAUCUCCCUGUUCUCCUUCUGCAGCCUGAUUGAGAGGUUCUGAUCCGGUUCACCCUGUUUUCUGAAGGAGCUUUUUGGACUUUGUUUCCUUUCUGACCCGGUUUCUUUUCCUGUGUCGGACCAUUCUGAGAGGUUCUCAUUUGCUAAUCAAACGGGCAGAAGCUAACUCAAGGGAUGAGCCAGACUGAAUCUGCACAUAUGUUUUCUUUCUUUUUUUUUUUUUUUGCACUUUAAUGUCCAAAACCACCAGAUUUAUGCUUCUGGGUUGAAGUACAUCUGAUCUCCAGCGUUCCUCCUGGAUCCCUGCUGGUUCUGAUUGUCCCUGCUGAUGAGCGGGAAGAGUGGUGGACAGAGAACGUCUGGUUUGGGUCAAACUGGACUUCCAAAGAAUCUAAACUUUGUGUGAGAAACAAACAAACAAAAACUAUGAACUGUCAGUAAAACCAGACUCAGUUUUUCAGAACUUCCUGUAGAAGAUCAGGCGGUUCUGGUUCCAGCUGCUCUUUCCAGAUCAUAAAUCAACCAAAUAAAGAACCAUUUGGGUCAAACAGAAA